UUCCAGAAAGAAAUGGAAGAAUUAAAAAAUCAAGUAGAUGUCAAGACUUCUGAACUUAAACAAGUGCAAGAGCAAUGUGAGGCAUUGCAGGCAGGAGCAGAGGACAGAAGUCCAGCAGUCAACAAAGAGCGCCUGCUCUCAGAGGAGAAUUGGAACCUUGCUCAGCAGCGUAGAAUUGAAGAAAUGGACAAAGCCAGAAAAGAAUCUCUUGCUGUGCUAGCUCAGACAAGGAAGGAAAAUGAAGAGCUUAUCACCAAGUUAAACCAAAAGGUCUAUGAGCUUGAGUGCAGUCUACAAAAAAGCACCACUGAGAGUGAAGUGGUCAACCAUAAGCUUAAGAAGUGUUUAGAAGAAACACAGAGCCUUAAAAUCCAAGUGAGAGAUCUAGAAGAACUUCAUGCACAGCACAAUGCAGCACAAUUCAAUAGAAGGCAGGAGCUAGACCCUGCAAAGCUUCAGCAAAGAAUCAAACAGCUAGAAUUCAACCUUGAUCUCACCAAUCAAAGGUCACAGAAAUUUGACACAGAAAAUAAGACUUUGAAAGAUGCCCUCAAAAAGUCUGAAGAUCUUGAAUUGAAGUAUAGGGACUACAUGAGGCAGGCCAGGGAGUUCCAGCAUCUAUUGGGCCAGGAGAAGGAGCAGAGCAGCCUUCUGCUUAGAAAGUUCAAUGCUACUGCUGCAGAACUCUCUGACUUGAGGUGGAAUAAUGCAGAGCUACGGGAAAAGGUUAAACAGGUCCCAAAACUUGAAGAAGAUGUCGCAAAUCUGAAAGCUAAAAUUGAAAAUUUGCAGAGAGAUUUGUUAGAGAAAGGAAAAGAAUCAACUGGGGUUAUUCAUCUGGAGGAGCAAAAAGCAAGUCUGUUGGCCAGUCUGGAAAAAUCAAAGUCGACUGUAGCAGAAUUGCAAGAAGACAUCAGAAAGCUCAAUGAAGAUUUCAAUUCAAAGGUAGAUGAGAAUUCAGAUUUGACUGCACAGCUUGAAGAAUUGCAGAGAACUGUAAAUUCUGCCAAGGACAAGGAGGUCAACUUCCAAUCUGUUGUGGAUAAGUUAAGAAACCAGUUGUCAGAGAAACAGGAGACAGUGGAUCUGCUUGAGUCACAGAUGUGUGAGAAACAACAAGAAUUAGACGAGGUAAAUCAUCGUGAGGAGCAGAACACAAGUCUGUUGGCCAGUCUGGAAAAAUCAAAGCUGACUGUAGCAGAAUUGCAAGAAAACAUUACAAAGCUCAAAGAAGACCUCACUUCAAAGGUAGAUGAGAAUUCAGAUUUGACUGCACAGCUUGAAGAAUUUCAGAAAACUGUAAAUUCUGCCAAGGACAGAGAGGUCAACUUCCAAUCUGUUGUGGAUAAGUUAAGAAACCAGUUGUCAGAGAAACAGGAGACAGUGGAUCUGCUUGAGUCACAGAUGUGUGAGAAACAACAAGAAUUAGAUCAGGUAAAUCAUCAUGAGGAACAGAAAACAAAUCUAUUGGACAGUCUGGAGAAAUUAAAGUUGACAGUAGCAGAACUGCAAGAAGAAAUAACAAAGCUCAAAGAAGACCUCACUUCAAAGGUAGAUGAGAAUUCAGAUUUGACUACACAGCUUGAAGAAUUACAGAAAACCAUAAAUUCUGCCAAGGACAGAGAGGUCAACUUCCAAUCUGUUGUGGAUAAGUUAAAAAACCAGUUGUCAGAGAAACAGGAGACAGUGGAUCUGCUUGAGUCACAGAUGUGUGAGAAACAACAAGAAUUAGAUGAGGUAAAUCAACUUGAGGAGCAGAAAACAAAUCUUUUGGACAGUCUGGAGAAAUCAAAGUUGACUGUAGCAGAACUGCAAGAAGAAAUAAUAAAGCUCAAAGAAGACCUCAUUUCAAAGGUAGACGAGAAUUCAGAUUUGACUGCACAGCUUGAAGAAUUGCAGAGAACUGUAAAUUCUGACAAGGACAAGGAGGUCAACUUCCAAUCUGUUGUGGAUAAGUUAAGAAACCAGUUGUCAGAGAAACAGGAGACAGUGGAUCUGCUUGAGUCACAGAUGUGUGAGAAACAACAAGAAUUAGAUGAGGUAAAUCAACUUGAGGAGCAGAAAACAAAUCUUUUGGACAGUCUGGAGAAAUCAAAGUUGACUGUAGCAGAACUGCAAGAAGAAAUAACAAAGCUCCAAGAAGACCUCAUUUCAAAGGUAGACGAGAAUUCAGAUUUGACUGCACAGCUUGAAGAAUUGCAGAAAACUGUAAAUUCUGCCAAGGACAGAGAGGUCAACUUCCAAUCUGUUGUGGAUAAGUUAAGAAGCCAGUUGUCAGAGAAACGGGAGACAGUGGAUCUGCUUGAGGCACAGAUGUGUGAGAAACAACAAGAAUUGGAUGAGGCUAAAGAAGGUCAAGUAGGAGUCAUGCAGCAACAGUCAGAUGCCCAACAGCAGCUACAGGCAAUGGAGAAAGAAAAAGCUGCAGCAGCUAACAGAGCAGAAAAUCUAGAGACUACCUUGGAAUCACUAAAAAUACAACUUGAGGAGAAAGCUAGUCAGAUUCAUGGGCUUGAAGAACAAACCACUGCCCUCCAAGACACCAUUGAUGAGCUGGAGGCUAAACUUACAGAGAAAGAAAAAAGGGCAGAUGAGGUAUUUGUCUUAGAGGAACAAACUGCUAACCUCCAGAGUACAGUUGAAGAACUUGAAGCUAAGCUAGCUGAGAAACAAAAAGAGAUGGAUGAGGUACUUAAUCUGGAAGGACAAACUACCAGUCUAGUAGACGAGCUUAGAUCUCAGCUGUGUGACAAAGAGAAACAGAUUGAUCAAAUGUCUUCAGAAAGAGAACUGCUAUCUGAGGAGCUACGAGAAAUUAAAGAAGUGUUUGCUGAACUUCAAGAGGAGAUGCAAAAUAAAGAAGAUGAGUUUUUGGAUACUAAGGAGAAAGGAAUGCAGCAUAUUGAUGCCCUGAACUCUGAGCUUACUGAAGCUAGAACACGACUGGAAAAGCUUAGUGAGGAACUAGAUGCGACAAAAGCUUUGUUGGAAGAGAAACAAACUUCUACAAAGCAAGAGGAAGAGAGAUCCGGGUAUGAAAAGCAGGUAGCUGACCUAAACACUGAAAUCGAGAAACUAAAUCAGAAAAUGCAGGACACCACAAAUAACUUCCUGGAGCAGAUCCGCCACAUGGAGAAGUGCUGUGAUGAGGCUGACAAUGAACUUAAGCAAGAAAAGAUAGAACACGAAGAAACCAAAAGAAAAUUGGAAGUAAUACAGGCUGGGCAGAAUGAGGAAGGAGAUGCAUCUGAAGAUGGGGACAAGCCCAAGGGAAGAGACAAAGCUCUUGCUGCAGCCAAGAAAAAGAUUCAAAGUCUAGAAAAAGCCCUGCAGGAAGGUCUGGAGCACAUAAAGUUGUUACAAGAAGCGCGAGAUCACACCAGUCAGCAGGAGGAGAUUCGCCACCUUCAGCAGUGCUGCAUGGAGGCAGACGCUGAACUGGAGCAAGAGAAAGAAGAGCAUGAAAAGACAAAACAAAAACUCCUCCAAUUAGAAGAAAAUAUUAAAAUGAAAAAACCAGAGGAAAAGAGUUUGGAAGAGCUGAAGCAAGAAUUAGGUGCCAAAAAUAUGGAAAUUGUUCAGCUGAAGAGGGACCUAUUGAUGGAGAUUGACCCUCUAAAGAAAAAACUGAAAUCUUUGAAGGAUGAUAAUGAUUAUCUUCAAAACAAAGUCUCAGAAUAUAGAAAUGAACUGCGUAAGGCACGUGAGGAACAAGCUGAAGUGACGGUCAGCCAGUUUGGUAGCCAGACCUGUGCACAGCGCUCGUCUGGCAGCAGCAGUGGCAUCAUCAGUCGAGUGGCGUACUUCACUGUUGAAACUGAAAACAAGAGGCUCAAGGAGCAAGUGACAGGACUGGAGGGUCAAGUCAAGGAGUUGACCCUGUACAAGUCUGAAUUUAAGAAAAAGAUAGAAUUGCUAAAAAGAGAACUAUCCUAUUACAAGGGAAAGACGGGGAUAGCACCAGCAUUAGACGAAGCUCCGAAGGCACCUCUUAAAGGUGUCACCAACAGUCCUCGUGCCAGCCCAGCAAGACCUGCUCCGGUGACAACAGGAUCUUUUCCAGAUCAGAAAAGCAGUGAGAACUAUAACUGGCUGGCAGGUGGAGUAGACUGGGAUAAAAACGAUGUUAAAGCUGAUGAACAACCCUCAGAAUGCACCACGCAAUGAAAAACUUUGAACAGUUAUUGCCAAAGUUAUGAAUAAGUGGAAAUGUGAUAACAUUGAAAUGACACUUUGAUGCCAGUCUUUCAUGUCAGAAAGUCAUUUUUAUAACAUGUUAAUCAAACUGGAGAGGGCAAUGUGUGCAUAGUAACAUUCCAUGCCACCUUCUGAAAUAUUGUGACAAAAAUGUAUGUUCUGCAUUCUAAGAACCAUUGGGUUAAUUGUUUAAUAAGCCAGUGAAUUUCUUUUAAAUAUUGAAAUUUGAAAAUGGGUUUUGUUUUUGUAAUGAACCUUAAUUUUACUAUAAUUUAUAAAAAUGAUUAUGUUAACUUGUGAAUAAGAGUGAGAAGUAAUUUUGUACAAGUGUGAUAAGUGCAUGUGUCAUUAAUGUAUGAAAUUAAAACAACUGUGUUUAAGAGGGACA